AUGGUGCUGUGGGAGUCCCCGCGGCAGUGCAGCAGCUGGACACUUUGCGAGGGCUUUUGCUGGCUGCUGCUGCUGCCGGUGAUGCUACUUAUCGUAGCCCGCCCGGUGAAGCUUGCAGCUUUCCCUACCUCCUUAAGUGACUGCCAAACGCCCACCGGCUGGAACUGCUCUGGCUAUGAUGACAGAGAAAAUGAUCUCUUCCUCUGUGACACCAACACCUGUAAAUUUGAUGGGGAAUGUUUAAGAAUUGGAGACACUGUGACUUGCGUCUGUCAGUUCAAGUGCAACAGUGACUAUGUGCCUGUAUGCGGCUCCAAUGGGGAGAGCUACCAGAAUGAGUGUUACCUGCGGCAGGCUGCGUGCAAACAGCAGAGUGAGAUACUUGUGGUGUCUGAGGGAUCCUGUGCCACAGAUGCAGGAUCAGGAUCUGGAGAUGGAGUCCAUGAAGGCUCGGGAGAAACCAGUCAAAAGGAGACAUCCACCUGUGAUAUUUGUCAGUUUGGUGCAGAAUGUGAUGAAGAUGCCGAGGAUGUCUGGUGUGUGUGCAACAUUGACUGUUCUCAAACCAACUUCAAUCCCCUCUGUGCUUCUGAUGGGAAAUCUUAUGAUAAUGCAUGUCAAAUCAAAGAAGCAUCAUGUCAGAAACAGGAGAAAAUUGAAGUCAUGUCGUUGGGUCGAUGUCAAGAUAACACAACUACCACUACUAAAUCUGAAGAUGGGCAUUAUGCAAGAACAGAUUAUGCAGAGAAUGCUAACAAAUUAGAAGAAAGUGCCAGAGAACACCACAUACCUUGCCCAGAACAUUACAAUGGCUUCUGCAUGCACGGGAAGUGCGAACACUCUAUCAAUAUGCAGGAGCCAUCUUGCAGGUGUGAUGCUGGUUAUACUGGACAACACUGUGAAAAAAAGGACUACAGUGUACUGUACGUUGUUCCCGGCCCUGUACGAUUUCAGUAUGUCUUAAUCGCAGCCGUGAUCGGAACGGUUCAGAUUGCUGUCAUCUGUGUGGUGGUCCUCUGCAUCACAAGGAAAUGCCCCAGAAGCAACAGAAUUCACAGACAGAAGCAAAAUACAGGGCACUACAGUUCAGACAACACGACAAGAGCGUCCACGAGGUUAAUCUAAAGGGAGCAUGUUGCACAUUGGCCGGACUACCGAGAGCUUGGACUACACAAUACAGUAUUAUAGACAAGAGAAUAAGACAAGAGAUCUACACAUGUUGCCUUGCAUUUGUGGUAAUCUACACCAAUGAAAACAUGUACUACAGCUAUAUUUGAUUAUGUAUGGAUAUAUUUGAAAUAGUAUACAUUGUCUUGAUGUUUUUCUGUAAUGUAAAUAAACUAUUUAUAUCACACAA